CCUCAAACCGCUGCCUCCCGCACCAAGCAAGCACCAUGAUGCGGAGACGGAGCAGCAAGCGCAGUCCAGCUGAUGCUGCAGCGGCAGCAGCAGCCAAGGAGAACCGGCAACUGAAGCGAAAGCUGUCCAAGUUGCAGAAACAGUUGGAAGAUCGAAGCAACAAGUCCCCAGCUGUGGACCCUGCCAUUCAAUCCCUGGUGGACGCAUCUGCGCAGGAGAUUGACCGCAUUUUGACGGAGCUCGUUGACAGGCGCAUGCGGCGCACAGCACACCAACGCGGCACAGCCGGGUUCCUCGGCGCUGCUCCGCAGCCUCUGCUUGCCCACAGCGCUCUCCCUGCCUCUGUGCCAAGUGCAGCCGCGGCCUCCAAGCAGCCCGCAGCAAGCACCGCACAAGCGGCGCCGACCACGCAGCCCUCUAUCCAGCCGAGUGAUGUGUCUACCACACCCCCACCUCCCCCUCCGCCGCCGCCAGCGCGUGUAGCGGCAUCACAACCCAGCGCAACAACAGCCACUCGACCAGAAGCGCAGGCACAGCCACAAGCGGAGCAGCAGACACAGCCAUCGACGGCACAAGCGGCCCCGCAGUCGCAGGCACAGCGACGAAGAAGCUCUGAUCACGAGGUGUUUGGCUUUGGCGCGACAACACAUGAGCCGGAGCUUGACAUCAACAAAGCACCUGUGCUUCGACGUUGGAGCCACUUCACCACCACACAGCAACAACAACAGCCACAACAGCAGCAACAGUCACAACAGCAACAGCAACAACAACAACCCGCGACAGGGACCAAGGAAAGUACCCCAGUCACAGCUCCCGAUGUGGCUGCCUUGGAAGACAUCGAAGGGUUUGGCGAAGACAACGACGCGGAUGUCGCACAAGCUGCUGCUGCAAACGAUGUCGCAACAGCUGAUGAGCACACAGAACGCUCGGACGAAGGAAAGAGCGCAUCCGCAGAAGUGUACAAGCCAAAGCGCAAACUGUUCAGUCUCCGCUCGUUUGCGCGAUCGUCGCGCCGCCGCAGCUCUCGGAAGAAAGCACAAGAGCAGCAGCAAGAACCGCAGCAACAGCAGGAGCAAACUGUGGGCGGGGAAGAGGCGGCCAAGGCGCCACAUGAGGAAGCGGCCGUUGCUGCUGCCGCCACAUCGCAGCCGUUGGCGCAAGGGCCGGCUCAGGACGCGAGCAGUGAGGACUCAAAGCCAGUUGCGGCCGAGACGCAGCCUGUUGAAGUACAAGGACAGCAACAACAACACGCGGAACAGACACAACAGGGGCGACAAGAGCCACACCAGCCACAGCAGCGCGCUGCAAAGCCAGAGGUGCCACCCGAAGUCAUGCAGAGGAUUUUUGGGCGUACGGCUUCAAGUCGCCGCGACGUCAGCCAGCGUGAACUCAACAUUGGUGCGGCUCCGGUGGCGAGCAAGGCCACAACGAGCUCGUCCUCAUCAACAGCAGUCUCGCGGCUGGAGGCGCUGAAGGCUGAGAAGGAGCGACGAAAGCAACAACGACUGCAAGAGGUCAAAACGAACUUGCAAGUGGCGCAGCAGGAUGAGGAACCCAACGUACCACACCCUGCCCAUGGUCACGAUACCGCCAUUCCUGAGCUUGGAGUCAGCGACGACAACCCGCUGGCUGUGUUUGACGACACACAGCAUCACUUCACAAACACGAGUGCUGCACACGACACUGCUGGCUCGAGCAAUGCGAACGAUGACGCAAUCCUGGCAGCCAUGGCGCGCACAAACCCGAAAGCGUACGAGGAGUACAAGACUCGGACACAGGGCAUGCAACCCCCCGGCGACACCGUGACAAGCAUGGGCACGAAACACGGCGCCCUCACAGCGCUACCGCAACACCUCUACAUCCUCGCCAUGGUGGAGGCGGGGCUCUCCGAAGAUGACGAGCGACAAGACCGGCUGCGUCGGCGGUUCUUCGUGCAUCCGUCAACGGGCGAGCGCGUGUUUCGCGAGGAGGACGUGGCCGCCGCUGAAGGGACGGAUGACGAUGACGACGACGAAGCGGAGCGUGCCCGCACGGCGUCGAUGCUGCUCCGUGACAGUGAAGCCGACAGGCGCGCCGCCAUGUUGGCAGACCUCGCGCGCAGAAAGGCAGCGGCGAAGGAGCGAAAGCGGCAAGCAAAGCUGCGCCGCCAAAAGGCCGCUUGAGAAGACAACCC